AUGGCAGAGAGCAAGAAGGAUGAGAAGGCGGCAGGCGAGCCGGGAGAGAAGAAGAAACGCGCUGAGCUGACGCCGUUUACGCGAGGCCUGAUUCUUGGACGGCGCAUGGCGGGCGCAUCUCUACGACAGAUCUCCGCCGCUCUCGACAUCCCGGUAUCUACGGUGCAGAAUACCAUCAUGAAGGAGAGCUCGCGGGUCGAUGGAGUGUCGAAGCCGCGCUCGGGGAGGCCCAAGAAGCUGUCUGACCGUGACGUCCGCAUGCUCAUCUCGCGAGUCCGCUCAAACCCAAGCAUCUCGUACAGCGAGCUGGCCAGUGGAAUGCCGGAUAACAUCUCGAAGUCAACUAUAUACCGAACCUUGAAGAAGCACGGCAUAACGAACCGGCCUGUCAAGAAGAGCGCUAAGAAUUAG